AUGGCAUGGACAGAUGAGGUAAACGGUAAUGUAGAUGAAAGGGAUUUCACUGGCGAGAAUGGUUCCUUGGAAGGAGGGCAGCCUUCUACUAGUUCUGGAAGCUCGCCAAGCAUCAGUCCUCCCAAAAAGAUAUUCCAAGGGAAGGAUCCUCUUUCAUAUGCUAAUAUUCUUCGCACCAGAAACAAAUUUGUUGAUGCACUUGAUAUCUAUGAGAGUUUAUUGGAGACGGAUAGUGGUAAUGUUGAAGCUCAUAUAGGAAAAGGAAUCUGCUUGCAGAUGCAGAAUAUGGGUAGAGCCGCUCUUGACAGCUUUGCUGAAGCUAUCAAACUAGACCCGCAUAAUCCAUGUGUUCUUACCCACUGUGGAAUCAUAUACAAGGAGGAAGGCCGCCUUAUGGAGGCUGCAGAAUCGUAUCAGAAAGCUCUUUUGGCCGAUCCUUCAUACAAACCAGCUGCAGAAUGCCUAGGGAUUGUGCUAACUGAUCUUGGAACAAGCUUAAAACUUGCUGGUAACACUCAGGAGGGAAUUCAAAAGUACCAUGAGGCCAUCAAAGUGGAUCCUCAUUAUGCUCCCGCUUACUAUAACCUUGGGGUUGUCUAUUCUGAAAUGAUGCAAUAUGAUGUGGCCCUUAAUUGCUAUGAGAAGGCUGCCUUGGAGAGACCCAUGUAUGCGGAAGCAUAUUGUAACAUGGGUGUCAUCUAUAAAAACCGAGGUGAUCUGGACUCCGCAAUUGCCUGUUAUGAGAGGUGUUUGGCUGUGUCUCCAAAUUUUGAGAUUGCUAAAAAUAAUAUGGCAAUUGCCUUAACUGAUUUAGGCACAAAGGUUAAACUGGAGGGAGAUAUCAAUCAAGGUGUAGCUUACUAUAAGAAGGCACUUUUUUACAAUUGGCACUAUGCGGAUGCCAUGUACAAUCUUGGGGUUGCAUAUGGUGAAAUGCUUAAAUUUGAAAUGGCAAUUGUGUUUUAUGAGCUUGCUUUCCACUUCAACCCUCAUUGUGCAGAGGCCUGCAACAAUCUAGGGGUGAUAUACAAGGAUCGGGAUAACCUUGAUAAAGCAGUGGAGUGCUACCAGAUGGCAUUGUCAAUCAAACCAAAUUUCUCCCAGUCUUUAAACAAUCUUGGAGUUGUGUACACUGUUCAGGGUAAGAUGGAUGCAGCUGCAAGCAUGAUUGAGAAAGCCAUUGUUGCUAACCCUACGUACGCAGAAGCUUACAAUAACUUAGGUGUUCUUUACAGAGAUGCUGGUGAUAUCUCUCUUGCCAUUGAAGCAUAUGAGAAGUGCUUAAAGAUUGAUCCUGAUUCUCGUAAUGCCGGGCAGAACCGGUUGCUUGCUAUGAACUACAUAAAUGAGGGAACUGAUGAUGUAUUAUAUGAGGCUCACAGAGAGUGGGGUAGGCGCUUCAUGAGGUUAUAUCCCCAGUACUCCUCAUGGGAUAACCCUAAAGAUCCAGAAAGGCAGCUUAUUAUAGGAUAUGUGUCUCCUGAUUAUUUUACUCAUUCGGUCUCAUAUUUCAUCGAAGCACCGCUCAUCUAUCAUGACUUUGCAAAUUUCAAAGUAGUGGUUUAUUCUGCCGUUGUAAAGGCCGAUGCAAAAACUAGUAGAUUUAAAGAGAGAGUGUUGAAAAAGGGUGGUAUGUGGAGAGAUAUUUAUGGGAUUGAUGAGAAAAAGGUCGCCAGCAUCGUCAGGGACGAUAAUGUUGAUAUAUUGGUUGAACUCACAGGUCAUACAGCAAACAAUAAGUUGGGAAUGAUGGCCUGCCGGCCAGCACCUCUUCAGGUGACAUGGAUUGGCUAUCCAAAUACUACUGGUUUGCCUAGCAUUGAUUACAGAAUUACUGAUGCUUUGGCUGACCCUCCUGAAACAAAACAGAAACAUGUUGAGGAGUUAGUUAGGUUACCACAUUGCUUUCUUUGCUACACACCUUCCACUGAAGCUGGGGCCGUAUCCCCUGCUCCUGCUCUGUCCAAUGGGUUUGUUACUUUUGGCAGCUUCAAUAAUCUGGCCAAGGUAUUGAUUAGUUCUGAAGUAUGCUCUGCUUCUAUAAUGCUGAUAUGCAACUAUGUGGUAAUGUCAUUACGUAUAUUGUUUUCUCUGUUGUUAUCAGAUAACACCCAAGGUGCUAAAAGUUUGGGCAAGGAUCCUAUCCGCGGUUCCAAAUUCUCGACUUAUCGUAAAAUGCAAGCCCUUUUGUUGUGAUAGCGUGAGACAACGAUUUCUUUCCAUGCUAGAGCAGUUGGGGUUGGAUCCAACGCGAGUUGACCUUUUGCCGCUAAUUCUUCUCAAUCAUGAUCACAUGCAAGCUUAUUCUCUUAUGGAUAUUAGUUUGGAUACAUUCCCUUACGCUGGAACAACUACCACAUGUGAAUCUUUAUACAUGGGAGUUCCAUGUGUCACCAUGGGAGGUUCAGUGCAUGCUCACAAUGUUGGUGUGAGUCUCCUGAAGACUGUUGGUAAGUAAUUUACUGUGAACUAAUUCAAGUACAGAUUUGUCAUCUAUUUAUUUUCUGCUUUAAAAAUCAUCUGCUUUAUUGCUAUUCUGGGAAAUACUGGGUGGUAGGUGAAGUUCCAUCAAGUAGACAGUUUGUUUUUAAUUUGUUCAAAUUGUUAACUAGUUGGAGUUGAUGUGACAUUCUUGUUAAUCCUUUUUUUGAAUCUGUUAGGAGUUUUGAAGUGUCUGGAUAAAUUAUGGCUGCCAAGCAUAUUUUUUGGUUGACUGUCGCUUAAUUUUCUACUUCUGUGCUUCAUUUUCUAUCUGCUCUGGCUAUAUUAAAUUUACGUGCAACUUGUAUCUUCGUUUAUAUGGGGAAUGAAUCCUCACGGCUAUUGCCUGAUAGGACUUCCAAAACUGGUUGCUGCAAAUGAGGAUGAAUAUGUGCUGCUGGCCGUACAAUUAGCCACUGAUAUGAAUGCCCUAGCAAACCUCAGAUCAAGUCUGCGAGAGCUAAUGCUCAAGUCACCUCUUUGUGAUGGGUCAAAGUUUGUGCAAGGACUGGAGUCAACAUACAGGAAUAUCUGGAGAAGAUACUGCGCGGGUGAUGUGCCAUCUUUACGGCGCAUGGAGCUUCUAAAGCAGGAGGAGCAGCAACAAAGUGCAGAUGCAGAACACAUGCUUCCAGAAAAACCAGUUGUUAAACAUGCUACUCAAAUUUCUCCCUCAAAAGAUGGUCCGCCUGGAUCACCCAUGGCUAACGGAUUUAGUCUGGAACAAUCUUCAAUGUUAAAUUCUUCUGCUCAUGAAGAAAAUGGAGUCUAACAACCGGAUGGAAGCCGUAACAGUUCUGGAGAUUCGAGGGCUCUAUGCGUUGGAAUUUUUUAGCUACAAGUGAUUAGCGUCCCUUCAAUAUGGGAAAACAAUGUGCAAUAGCAUUUUUUUUCCUGUCAGGCCUUCUGUAUCAUAGAUUCAACUGAGGCUUGAUGUGCUAGUUUUGAAAGUAGCUGGGGGUCGCAACCAAACUGUUGCUUAGUUAGGCACAGAUUUAUUCUGAGAAAGAUACUGGGAGUGGCAGCAAACUUGUUAAGUUGUAUAAUUGUAGUGCACUGGAACUUGAAAUUCAUCAUAUAGUAGUAUUUGACGCAAGUUACGCCAUUCCAUAUCUGCCUCUGUAGCAAAAUGGGGCGGUUCUAAAGUAUAGGGUAACUAGUAGAAUUGAGGUUGGUUUAGCUUUUUUUUUUUUUUUUUUUU